UAUCUUAUUGGUCAGAGCACGAAGCGACGGUCAAAGCUGCAUGCUGAUUGGCUUACUAGCGUAGUAGCCUUAAAUUUGAAAAGGCUGUUCCUAACUGUUGAUGUCCGCUACAGUGAGAGACACAGUUUCGACGUAGACCGGGUUAUUAGAGUUCAUCAUGGCACCGAGAAAACGCACCCAGAAUGCUAAAACCAAGAAGAAUCCCAAAACACCGAAACUAGAAGCGUUUCUGCUAGAUUUUGACGAUGAAGUUCAUACCAUUGUUGAAAGACUGAAGGAGAAGACGAACAACCUUCUCAAAGAUGCAGACAACCUUUACAAGACCGCUCUGAUAAAGCUUCCCAUGGCAGUGAGGAAAAUGAACUGGAUCGAGUACUGCAAUAUAGAGAAGCCAAAGUCCCCAGUGGAUGAUUCAAAGGUGAGGGAGGAAGCUGCUCAAGUGGCGCUUGCUAUUGCCGAGAAUCAUGUGAUUCCCAAGUUUGCUGCCAAAGAAGCCAAGAAUGGUGCAAACUCAGAAGAUGAAAACGUGGCACCCCUUAAGUCUGCUGUCAAAAAGAAGAAAGCAUCAAAGAAGGCACCUUCUACCUCAAAGAAGGCCAGAGCUCUCUCCAUCAGCAAACAAAGCAACACCAUUCAAAGGUCUACAAGAAAGCCUCUAAUCACCCCUGCUAGAAGUUUACUUGAGUCUUCAAUCAUUGGUGCCACUCCGCUUAUCACACCACGCUUUGACCCAAGAUUGCCCAAGACUCCAGCACUGAGACUUGCACAUCACAGGGAGAAGGUGUACAGCAUGUCUGUUAACGGCUCGCCUAUUAUUGGCAGUGGAGAGGACAUUGUCAUUAGUGUCCCCCUCGGAAACGGAGAGUGCAUUCAGCUGCUGGCCAGUGAGAUGGACUCUGUGGAUCUGAGUCAGCUGGAUGAGAAGGCCCUACGCAGUAUCAGACACCUGCAGAAUCGUCUCACAACUCUGUGUGGAACAAAGUGAACGCCCCGUCUCCAGUUUUGUACAGCACACUGCAUUGUAAUAUCACUUCAAACUAUCAGCAUUGUUUACUUGUAUUCUUUCCCAUUUUAUUUUUGUAAUAUAACCAUGUGGAUUUUACUUUUUACUUUCAUGCUUUUAAUAUGUGCUAUAGUUUCAUUCCCAUUAACUUUUAAAUGGUAAAUGUAAAUAAGAUUAGUUGUGGUCAUAAUCCGUGUUGUACUGCUUUUUGUAAAUGCGAAUCUUAAAUACCAUGAUUCCACA